AUGAUAUCGAUUUUUGACGGAGAUUCAAAGAAUCCAGAAAAUCCCAAUUUAGCAUUGAGACAGGGCCAGCUGAGAGUGUUUAAGACACAAUUGGUGCUUUGUCUAUGGAUUGGGAUGAGUUCGUUCUUGUUAUUUUGUAUAUUAAGAAGAAAAUGGCCUCAUAUGUACGCAGUUAGGACGUUAAGAAGGAAUAAUUUUAAAAAUAAUCUUAAAUCAUUACCGACAGAUUUGCUAAAUUGGGUGGUAACGUUAUAUAAGAUAACCGAUGAUGAAGUGUUGGAGUUUUCAGGAUUGGAUGCUUACGUUUUUUUAAGUUUUUUCAAAAUGGGAGUCAAGAUAUUUUCCUUAUUAUCAAUAUUGGAUAUUUUCAUUUUGAGUCCGUAUAGAUAUUAUUAUACGGGGAAUUAUGAUAAAGAUAAUAUAACUUGGUCGGCGUUUUUGGUGAGUAGCUUCAUGAAUACGGAAUCUUCUCACUUAGCUCAAGACCCCCCAGAUUUUAGUGACGAUUUCCCUAAUUAUUUCUGGUGCUAUCCAAUAUUCACUUAUUUAUUUUCGAUAAUUGUGUAUGUCAAAUUGUUUGAUUAUACGAAGUUGGUAUUGAAAAUAAGACAAAAAUAUUUGGCAUCACAGAAUUCCAUAACUGAUCGUACAAUUAGAUUAGAUGGUAUACCAAAAAGACUAUUACGGAAAAAUGAUCCAAGUAUAUUGAAAAAAUUCAUUGAGGAGUUGCAAAUUGGUAAAGUAAUGGAUGUUAAAUUAAUCUAUGAUUUCACUCCAUUAGAAAACUUGUUCAAUGAAAGAAAUUUAUUAAUAAACAAUUUAGAAAAACUUUAUUCUAAGACUUAUGAAUUAAAAAUUGAUUUAUAUAAUCAAACCAAGACUCCAACCGUUAUAACCAAGAACUCAAUUCAUAAUAAUGACAAUUCAAAUAAAAAAAUUGUGAAGAAUCGUAAUAAAAUUAAUGAUUUAUCAAUAAAACUCAUUGAAAUUAAUAAUAAAAUUAAAGAUUAUCAAAAUAAAUUCGAUUCUAAAACAUCCACGGUCAAUAUUGAAGAAAACCCCGAAUUCAAAAUACUACCAACCGCUUUUAUAACCAUGGAUUCAGUCGCGUCCGCUCAAAUGGCGGCUCAAACAGUUUUAGAUCCCAGAGUUUAUAAACUAAUGGUUUCAUUAGCACCAGCGGCAAAAGAUAUUAAAUGGAAAAAUUUCAGAUUAACCUACUAUCAAAAAUUAUUUAAAGCAUAUUUAAUCACCAUUUUAAUCAUUUUCAGUUACAUCUUUGUUUCCUUCUUAGUCACUCCAUUAUCAUCAUUAUUGGAUUUGAAAACUAUUAGUAAAAUAUGGCCAGAAUUAGGAGAUUUAAUUAAGAAAUCAAAAUGGUUAACUACAUUUGUUACUGGUAUCUUACCACCAUUUUUAUUUUCUUUAUUAAAUAUCCUGUUACCUUAUUUUUAUAAAUUCUUAUCAAAAUAUCAAGGUUAUUCUUCAAAUAGUGAUAUCGAAUUAUCUACGCUACUGAAAAACUUUUUCUUUAUCUUCUUCAAUUUAUUUUUGGUUUUCAUUGUAUCUGGAACAAUCUGGGAUUACAUUUCCUCUAUUAGUGAUACCACUAAAUUGGCUUAUCAAUUAGCAACUUCCUUGAAAAAACUUAGUUUGUUUUAUGUUGAUUUGAUCUUAUUACAAGGUUUGGCAAUGUUCCCGGUUAAAUUAUUACAAAUUGGUGAUUUUUUCAUUUUAAAUAUUAUUGGUAAAUUAUUAUUCUUGAAAAAUUUAAUAUUAAGAACCCCAAGAGACUACAGGUUUUAUUAUUAUACUCCUCCAAUAUUUGACUUUGGUAUACACUUACCCCAGCAUAUUCUCAUUUUCAUUAUUAUAUUAAUUUAUUCAGUAGUUUCAACUAAAAUUGUUACUAGUGGAUUGGUUUAUUUUAUUCUUGGAUUCUUUGUUUAUAAAUAUCAAUUAAUUUAUUGUUUUGUCCAUCCUCCUCAUUCAACUGGUAAAGUUUGGCCCAUGAUUUUUAGAAGAUUAAUGUUAGGCUUGGGUAUAUUUCAAAUUUUCAUGUGUGGAACUUUAGCUUUAGAAGGAGCUAUAUUAUUAGCUAUAUUAUGUACCCCUUUAGUUUUUGUUACAUUGAUUGUUGCUUGGAACUAUGAAAGAUAUUAUUUACCUUUGAAUACCUUCAUUGCUUUAAAAGCAAUUCAUAAUCCUUAUAAUUUUGAUUUGGAAUUUGAUGAUGAUAAUGAUGAUAUAUUAUCAGUAUCCAAAAACUCUUCUUCUUCUGCAAUUGCAGAAGAAGAUGAAGAAGAACUCAUCACUCCAUACAAUGAUGAAACUUCUUUAAUCGAUAAUCAAGUAAUAGAUUAUAAUUCAAACUCUACUACUAAAAGAAGAGUGUCUACAAUUGAUGAAGAAAGAGAACAAUUUACUGAUUAUACUUACCCAUAUCUAAUCGAUCCUUUAAAUGGACCAUGGAUUGGAUUUGAAGGUGAUUAUAUUUCAAUGGUUGAAUAUAAUCUCAACCAACAAGAUCUAGAAGAUGGUGACAUGAGUGUUUUAUCCACAUUUGAAGACGAAUUCAUCUUACGGAAGAAACUAAAGGUUCCAGAAUGGGAAUAA